UUCAAUAUCCGGGAAUAGCGGUGGAAAACAUCGAUGUUGGCUUGCCGAAAUCGAUAACCGUCGAUUUUAACGAACCCCGAUGCUUUGAAAACAUCGAUGUUCUCCACCACUAGCGUGCGCGUACUUUACAAUUAAAAAAAAUUGGCGAAGCAACUCGAUUUUCGGCAAACAAAAAGCGAAGAAGAAGAGGAGGCAAGCGAAAAUAAGUGAGCGUGUGUGUGUGCGUCUCGAGAGCGAAGCGAGCUAGAGAGAGACCGUGUUUGUGUAUUUUGAACCCAGCAAGAGAGGGAGAGAGCAGAGUGUGCGUGUGUGUGCGUGAAGGGACGCCGCUAAAAACCGCUAAAAAAGGCGCAGAAAAGAAAACCGAAGAAGGAUUUUCUUUAUUCGCUCGCUAGCUAAACACAGGCCAGAAAAAUGGAGGAAGUUGCCGUGAAGAAACGCGGCCGACCGCCAAAGGCAGCCAGCGGCGGUGGAUCCUCCUCAGCGGCGGCGGCUUCGCCAGGCGCGAAAAAGCGCGGUCGUCCCGCCAAGAACAAGGGAUUGAAUGUGUCCAGCGGAGGAGGCGGCGGCCAGCGGGGUCGCCCGCCCAAGGCGUCCAAAAUCCAGAAAGACGACGACCAGGAUGAGGACGAGGAGGAGGAGGGCUCCGGCAACGAGCUGGCCAACAACUCCUCACCCUCCCCGCCUGCCAAGGGCAGGGGUCGUCCCAGGAGCAUCGGCGGCGGCGGUGCUGGCGAAGCGGCCAAGUCGCCCGGUUCCGCCAAGAAACGCAAGGCCGGCAGGCCCAAAAAGCACCAGCCCAGCGAUAGCGAGGAGGAAGACGACGAUGACGACGAUGAUUCGAGCAGCAUCGAGGAUCGUCGCCCAGUGGGCCGGCCAUCGACUGGAUCCGUCAACCUAAACAUAUCGCGCUCGGGACGCGGUCAGGGAAGGCCCAAGAAGCGGGUACAGGGUGACGAGUACAACGGCGAUGAGGACGACGAGCCUCCAGUGCCCAAGAAGCGUGGUCGCCCGCCACAGAACAAGGCGGGCGGCAGCAGCCCCUACGUGCCCACCGGUCGUCCGCGCGGGCGUCCAAAGGCCAAUGCCGCUCCCGCCGCCGAGAAGCAGGUGGCCGAGGAUAAUGGCGACGACCAGGACGACGACAACUCCGUGGAGGAGGUGCAAACCUCGCCGGAGAAGACGCCAGUGGCGCCGAAGAAGCGCGGUCGCCCCGCUCUCUCCGCCGGCAAGACGCCCAAGGAGGGAACUCCCAAGCCACGCGGCCGCCCACCCAAAGCCGCUAACGACGAUGAAGAUGACGCCGAUUCCACCGACCAGGGCGAGCUCAACAACAGCAAGAAGGAGUCGAACGACGAGGCACGUCGUCCGGAUGGCACACCAACCAAAGGAGAAGGCCUCAAGUGGAGCUCCGAUGGCGACAACGACGAGUACGUUUCGGAUGUCUACAACGAUGCCGAAUCGGUAGCUGCCUAAAAUUGAAACAAAACAAAAACAUUUCCAUACACAACCCAUCCCCUAAAGUCAACACAAAAUGAAUGUUUAAAAAAAAGAAGAGGAAAACCAUUAUCUGCGAAUAAGAAAUGAAACCUUAAGCACGAAAUAAGACCACAAAAUACAAAAAACCAAGGACAGGACCUUAAGGACUUUCGCGAAUCUUCCCAUCCUGAGAAACAACAAACAUUAACUACAUACAUAUUCCGAUUUAUUGCUGAAAAGACGGAAAGACGUUCGCCGCACUCCCCUGUAAUGACGUAUAAUUCGGAAAACGAUUUCCAAGUUGAUUGCAAUUUUCAAAUAAAUAACAUAUAUGUAUUAGAGUA